CUGUAAGGCAUCCUUAGUCAGCUAGCUGCAACCACAAACAGUAAGAAUUGACUCAGAAUACUCGAGAGUAAUAAGUGCCGUAGUUUAGAAGUUGGCUCGGCACUCUACACGUCUUCAAUCGCUUUCUGCUCGAUGUCAGUCCGGACAUUGCAUGCUCCCGCAAGUGUCUGAUCCAAAAUGAGUUGGCCGCGGCUUUGAGCGAACGACUUACAACAACAACAACAAUAACACAUUGCAGCGCCUCUCCCCCAACCCAUGAACCUCCUCAAGUGGCAUCUUAGUCUGUCAUUUCGCGAGCCACGCUACGAGAUCAUGAACGAAGAGAACGACUCCGAAGCCGGGUCCGAGGACCAACUCCUCGCCGAGAAGGGACCAAGGCCGACGAGGCCGAGAGCCGGCGGUUUUCUCCAUGGCCUCGGAGGGCCUUUUCUUUGGCUUCACAUACUCUUCCUUACCUUCUACUCGGCCUUGUUCUUCACUCUUGUGCUCUCCCGGCAGGGCCAGGAGCACGCAUGCGCGGACGACCAGACCAUGGUGUGGUCGCCGGCUCGCGAGGCGCUGAAGCCGGAAAAGGUCCUUUUCGGCAACGAGAUCCAGGACGACAACGUCUUUCGCGGGCACCCGCGGCCGGAGCUGGACGCCGCCUGGAACACGCUCAUACAGUACAGCAACGUCAAGGUCAAGGCCGAGGACCUCAGGCGGAUAAACCGCACGUCCGUCCGGCUGCACGACGAGUCUGGCGAGCUGACCGAGUACUACUGGAGCGGCCUCAACGUCCACCACCAGCUGCAUUGUCUGAAGAUGGUGCGGCAGGCGGUGUUCCCCGAGUACUAUUUCAAAGGGAAAAAGCCGCCGCGGCAUCUGGAGGGACACAUUGACCACUGCAUCGACAACAUUCGCAUGACGCUCAUGUGCAAGGCGGACAUCUCGCUCGGCUCCUACGACUGGGUUGAUAACAACCGGAGGCCCCUCACCAACUUCCACACCGAGCACAGCUGCUACAACUGGGACCUUGUCAACAACUGGGCGCGAGACCACAGUUUCGACAUGUACGACAACACCUCUCUGGUGCACCCCUUCCUCGGCAAAUCCUACCCUCUCGAUUCCGAUGGCAAGUACAUCUUUACAGAAGAGGUUGAUCCUUUCGAGGGUAACAAGAUCACGCCACCGCCGGUGUAGGGGGAGGAGGGUCGCCAAAGGCAAUCGAAGACACCUCUGAGCGUGGCAUUUAGGAUAAACUUACUCUAUGGCGAACCCGAGGACCUGAGGUCAACUAGGAACAGAGGGAGAAAAGUGGCCACUUUCUCUACUAUAGUUGCAGGACAAGAGGCCAGCUAUAUAUUGUUUGAUAGCAAGAAACAUGAAACAAUGCCAAUGACCGUUGCCU